UCUGUUCAGACAGACACUUUAUUUCUCAGGAGCUUAGGGGAAAAACCGCACGAUUCCAAACAUAACUGGGCAUGCUGAGAGUGGGGGACGUGGGUCUUCCACGCCUGCCAGGGGCCUCUGCUGACAUCCUGCGUGGUCCCAGCAGAGCACCAGGAAGCUUUCCACAAGCACCUCUGGCCACCUCUUGGUUCCCCUUCUCCAAGGCAGACUAGGGAGAGUAGCCCACCAGACCUGAGCCCCUCACCAAGCCCGGUGCUGAGCUGGGUUCAGAAUCUUCCCGCUCCGUGUGUCAUCAUCUUAACACAAGCUGGUUGGUUUUGCUCCUGCUUGUUUCCAUUUGGCACUCUUGGGUUCUUUUCUGCCCUUGUUGCAGGCAGCGACUUGCAUUAAUGUGUGGCCACACUCUGAUCAUCUCUAGGUACCCCAUUCAGACCCCUCGUGAAGCCUGUUAUGGAGACAUGAAUGGCUUUCCAGGUGUCCGCAAUUACGGCGUUGUCGAUCCGGAUGACACGUACGACGUCUACUGCUACGCUGAAGAACUGCACGGAGACCUGUUUGUGGUGAGUUCCCCGAAGAAAUUCACUUGGGAGGAGGCCAAAGCUGAGUGUGAAGCUCUGGGGAUAGAGAUGGCCACGACUGGCCAGCUGUACGCAGCCUGGAACCAGGGGCUGGACCAUUGCAACCCAGGCUGGCUGGCAGACGGUAGUGUGCGCUACCCUAUUGUGACGCCACGGGAGAAGUGUGGAGGGAACGCGCCAGGGGUCAAAACCAUCUUCCUCUUCCGCAAUCAGACUGGAUUUCCAGAUCCACAGAGCAAGUAUGACGUGUACUGCUUCAAAGGUAAGGAGAGGUCCUCCUUGUGGGCCCACGAUUAGGGUGUCCAAAUUGUAUAUUUGGCCAGCUCCUGCGUCUCAAGCAGUUGCUUUGCCCAUCACUUGUCUCCUGGCCAGGAAAAACAGGAACCAGAAAGGUUCCUGUUAAAGGAACUGUUAAAGCCUCUCCUUAAGUCAGGGAUUGCUCCCCAGAAACCUUGGUGCCCAUUGGCAGUUGUUUCGCAUUAGGCUGUAUUUCUUGCAGUGCCCUCAGUUCUCAUUAUCGUGGCGAUAAGUUUCCUCCCAGGAUGUUGGUGAAAAAAGUUACAGUUCAAAUGCACGUUACAUGCUGCAGAACGUGAAAGAAAAGGUCUGAGCAUCUCCAUUCCUAGAAAGAACCUUGGAAGAUAUGACUUAUUGAUUUACAGUAUUUGUAGGCUGACCCAGUCAGUUAACACUCUUAGCCACGAACAACAAAGCAAUAUAGAAACAAUAAGAGGAACAUAAAAACAAUAAUACAAUACAGGCUUAAUAGAACUCCCAUAAUCAACCAAUUUGAACUGAACGCACGUUGAAUAGUCCGGCUUUAGUCCGGCUUUAAGUGCCCGGCAAAAUGCAAGGAAGGAAGGAAGGA